CGAGCGGCGGGAGCGCAGCGCAGGGAGCGGACGGGCCGGGCCGGGAGCGGCGGCGGGAUGAGGAUGCGCGGGUUGUGGGUGCUGGUGCUGCUGCUGGGGCUGGCUCAGAUCGCCCUCGUGGCGCGGGGCGCGGCCGCACAGGAGGAGGAUGGCGACAGAGAAUCUGUUACAAAUGAAGCUGAUGAUGAAGGUGAUGAUGACGAUGAUGAAGAAGAUGACGAAGAUGACGAUGAUUCUGUAGUUAAAGAAGAAAAUGGUGUGUUAGUCUUGAAUGAUGCAAACUUUGACAGCUUCACUGCAGACAAGGAUACUGUGCUGCUGGAGUUCUACGCACCAUGGUGUGGGCACUGCAAGCAGUUUGCUCCUGAGUAUGAGAAGAUAGCCAAAACUCUGAAGGAAAAUGACCCUCCUAUUCCUGUAGCCAAAAUAGAUGCUACUGCAGCCACUUCACUGUCGAGUCGUUUUGAUGUCAGUGGCUAUCCAACCAUCAAAAUCCUGAAAAAAGGCCAAGCUGUUGACUACGAUGGGUCUCGGACAGAAGAUGCUAUUGUGGCCAAAGUCAAGGAGGUUUCUGACCCCAACUGGACCCCUCCACCCGAAGCUACUCUGGUAUUGACCCAGGAUAAUUUUGACGAAGUUGUGAAUGAUGCCGACAUAAUCCUUGUGGAGUUCUAUGCUCCAUGGUGUGGCCACUGCAAGAGGCUUGCUCCAGAGUACGAGAAGGCUGCCCAGGAGCUCAGCAAGCGCACGCCUCCCAUCCCCCUGGCUAAAGUCGACGCCACGGCUGAAACGGAGCUCGCAAAGAAGUUUGAUGUUACUGGCUACCCAACUCUCAAAAUCUUCCGCAAGGGCAAGCCUUAUGACUACAGUGGUCCACGGGAAAAAUACGGUAUUGUCGACUACAUGAUUGAACAGGCUGGUCCUCCAUCCAAACAGAUUCAGGCUACCAAGCAGGUACAAGAAUUUCUGAAGGAUGGGGAUGAUGUCAUCAUCAUUGGUGUCUUUAGUGGAGAGAAUGACAAAACCUAUCAGCUCUAUCAGGAAGCAGCUAAUGGUUUGAGAGAAGAUUAUAAGUUCCAUCACACCUUCAGCAACGAGAUUGCAAAACUAUUGAAAGUUUCUCCAGGAAAACUGGUUGUCAUGCAGCCAGAAAAAUUUCAGUCGAAGCACGAGCCCAAGAUGCACGUUCUGAAUCUUAAAGACUCUACAGAUGGAUCUGAGAUUAAAGAGCACGUGCUAAAACAUGCUUUGCCUCUAGUUGGUCAUCGCAAGCCUUCCAACGAUGCCAAGAGAUACUCCAAGCGUCCUCUGGUGGUUGUCUACUACUCUGUGGACUUCAGUUUCGACUAUCGUGUUGCUACUCAAUACUGGAGAAGCAAAGUCCUGGAAGUGGCUAAAGACUUCCCUGAAUAUGUGUUUGCUGUUUCUGAUGAGGAAGAUUAUUCUUCUGAAAUAAAAGAUUUGGGCCUGCUUGAGAGUGGAGAGGAUGUCAACGCUGCCAUUCUGGAUGAAGGUGGCAAGAAGUACGCCAUGGAGCCAGAAGAGUUUGACUCUGAUGUACUCAGGCAGUUUGUGGUGGCAUUCAAAAAAGGAAAACUGAAGCCAAUUGUGAAGUCCCAGCCAGUGCCAAAAAAUAACAAAGGGCCUGUGAAAGUGGUAGUGGGUAAAACUUUUGAUACCAUAGUGAUGGAUCCAAAGAAUGAUGUUCUUAUAGAAUUCUAUGCCCCAUGGUGUGGACACUGCAAGAAACUAGAACCAGUGUAUAAUGAGCUAGGCAAAAAAUACAAGAAUGAGAAAAAUCUGAUUAUAGCCAAGAUGGAUGCCACUGCCAACGACGUGACGAAUGACCACUACAAAGUGGAGGGAUUCCCCACCAUCUACUUUGCUCCAAAGGACAAGAAGAACAACCCGAUUAAAUUUGAAGGCGGGGACAGAGAUUUAGAGCAUUUGAGCAAAUUUAUAGAGGAACAUGCAACAAAACUCUCCAGAACAAAAGAAGAGCUUUAGAUAAGAUGAGGGUGGAGAAGAAAAGUUGUUUGUACAAUGUAGUUAAAAUCAAGUCACUGACAAAACUUGGUGAGAGAAGAAUUAAGCAGUUUUGAGAAAAGAGAUUCUUGAGCAGUAAAGCAAUUUCAGUAUCUUUUUUUUUUUUUAUAUGGCAGAUGAGUUUUUUCUGGACACUGAACUUAAUACUCUAAUAUGAAUGUCUUAUGUUAGUUACGGUUUUGAUCUUUGGAGAAAAAUACAUCCUUUAUUUUUUGUGACUA